AUGUCUUCUCAUAUCUGUGAAUUGAAGACCUUUCAAAUACCGAAACAGCAUAGGCUGGCAUGUGAAAAUAAGGAAGAUGUUGGUAUUAUUGUGCCCCAGCAUGUGUGGAGGAAACUGCCCCCAAUGCCAACACCUAGGUCUUCCACGGGAGCAGCACAUAUACCCGGUGUUGGUGAUUUAGUUGUUGGUGGGUGGACAGUGACUGGGCCGUGUCUCAACAAAGCGGAAAUCUUUUUGACAACUUCAUCGCCUCUUGGACAUGCAGGCAGUUGGUGUGAAAUCACUCCCAUGCUUCUUUCGAGGUCUCGUCCAACAGCAGAAUUUUUCAAUGGAAGAGUUUACGUCGCUGGUGAUUCGUGUAAUUUAACUUCUUCUGUUGAGAUGUUGUCCUUAUUUACUGAAGAACCUCCCCAGUGGACCGAAAAAUUGCGAGUUGUCCACAACAUGAUUAUCUUUUCUCAAACAGGGGAUUGA